CACAUACACCACCAUGCCUGAGGCUCCCAAAGACUACAACCUCGUAGAACAGAACAGGAAGAUCCUCGAGUUCAUCGAGGAUGUGACUUCCAACGCCGACCAAGUCCAACAGAAGGUCCUCUCCGAAAUCCUCUCCCGCAAUGCAAACGUGGAGUACCUCCGACGACACGGCCUCAACGGCCAAACUGACCGCGACACCUUCAAAAAACUACUCCCUGUCAUUUCCUACGAGGACCUCCAGCCCGAUAUCAAUCGUAUCGCCAAUGGCGAUACCUCCCCAAUUCUUUGCUCUAAGCCCAUUUCAGAGUUCCUCACAAGUUCUGGAACAUCGGGUGGUGAGAGGAAGCUGAUGCCUACAAUUGAAGAAGAACUGGGAAGGAGGAGCUUGCUGUAUAGCUUACUGAUGCCGGUUAUGAGCCAGUUUGUUCCUGGCUUAGAAAACGGCAAAGGAAUGUACUUAAUGUUCAUAAAAGCCGAGGCCAAAACACCCUCAGGGAUCGUGGCUCGUCCCGUUUUAACCAGCUACUACAAGAGCUCAUACUUCAGGGACAGACCUUAUGACCCGUACACAAACUACACCAGCCCAAACGAGACCGUACUCUGUCCAGACUCUUACCAGAGUAUGUAUUCUCAAUUGCUCUGUGGCCUUUGCCAGAACAAAGAGGUGCUCCGAGUGGGAGCGGUUUUCGCCUCCGGCUUCAUCCGGGCGAUUCGCUUCCUGGAGAAGCAUUGGACCCUUCUUUGCAAUGACAUAAGAACAGGAAGCGUGAACGGCGAGAUCACGGACGUUUCGGUCCGCGAGGCGGUUAUGAAGAUCCUGAAACCCGACCCGAAGUUGGCGGAUUUCAUCGAGGCGGAGUGCGGGAAGAAAUCUUGGCAGGGAAUCAUCACUAGGCUGUGGCCCAACACAAAGUAUGUGGAUGUUAUUGUGACUGGGACAAUGUCACAGUACAUUCCCACAUUGGAUUACUAUAGCAAUGGUUUACCACUCGUGUGCACCAUGUAUGCCUCUAGCGAGUGCUACUUUGGUGUUAACCUUACCCCUCUUUGCAAGCCUAGUGAGGUUUCCUACACUCUUAUUCCCACCAUGUGCUACUACGAGUUCCUUCCCGUCAACAGAACCAACUCCGACCACACCGAUUCUCUCCCCGACAAGGAACAGCAAGACCUCGUUGAACUCGUUGAUGUCAAGCUCGGCCAGGAAUACGAGCUAGUUGUCACAACAUACGCCGGACUAUACCGCUACAGAGUGGGGGAUGUGCUGAGGGUGGCCGGAUUCAAGAACAAGGCCCCACAAUUCAACUUCGUCUGCAGAAAGAACGUAGUCCUCAGCAUAGAUUCCGACAAGACAGACGAAGUGGAGCUCCAGAACGCAAUGAAGAACGCCGUCACGCACCUCGUCCCGUUCGACGCCACCGUCUCGGAAUACACAAGCUACGCAGACACAACAACAAUCCCAGGCCACUACGUGCUCUACUGGGAGCUAACUCUCAACGGAACAACCCAAAUUCCACCCUGCGUCUUCGAGGAUUGUUGCUUAGCCAUUGAAGAAUCGCUCAACAGCGUUUACCGCCAGGGACGAGUCUCCGACAAGUCGAUUGGGCCGCUGGAAAUCAAGAUCGUCGAACAGGGGACUUUUGAUAAGCUUAUGGACUAUGCCAUUAGCUUAGGCGCUUCCAUAAAUCAGUACAAGACUCCAAGGUGCGUCAAAUUUGCACCUGUUGUGGAGCUUUUGAACUCAAGGGUAACUUCAACCUACUUUAGUCCCAAGUGUCCAAAAUGGGUUCCAGGCCACAAGCAGUGGAUCAAUAACAAUAAUCAGAAUUGAACAAAAACUAAUCAACUUGGGGACAUUGUUGUUAUUGUUAUUGUUAAUUAUUACGUGGUUGGUAGCUUUUCAUGGCGGUUCACAUGAACUGUUUCCGUAGGCAUGUUAGGGAAGGAAGA